AUGUUCAAGAAAGAGUUGUACGGCAACUUCAAGGAGAUCCUCUCUCGGCCGAGCAUGUCAAAGGAUCUCUACCUUUCCGCACACAUUCCCGAAGCGGUUCAUGCAUCAAUGGAUGCGGCUAUGUAUCCUUCGCAGUACGAAAGAUUUGCUCUAUAUCCACCUGAGAUUUUCGAAAAGUUUAUUCAGUCUUACGGUCACGAGAAGUCAUCAGUUCUUGAUGGCGGCUUCGCUUUGUGGGAGAGGAAAGGACUUGAAAUUAGUACUGAAGACGUACAGCUUCCGGCUGGAACGUGGAAGGCCAAAGAUAAUAUCGCUCCUAACAACUAUCAAGUAAACUUUCUGGAAUGGCUCGCAUGCGUGUCCAGUUUCGAUGGCACGGAAGGACAGACAGGGAUGAUGUGCCCUAGAGUUAAAGGCAGCAACAUACCCGGCUAUAAGAACGUUCCAGCAGCUGAACUUGUGAACGAAAAUGGAAUGAUGAAAACUCCUGAAGAAAUUCGUGAAGUGCUUUCACAGAACGGAUAUAAAGCUGGACAACCAAUCGUGACAAAUUGUAAUACCGGAAUGCAAGCAGCGAUGCUGGCAUUUGCUGUGAAAUUGGCAUAUCCUGAAGAAUCGCCGCGGGUCUACAAUGUGAGUCAAAUCAUCAAUCAGUAUCAGUUUUUGUGA